AUGGCAUCCUCGCCCUGCUCUCCGGCGCCGGCCUCUCCCGCGCCGACAUCGCCGACGUCGUCUCCGCGGACCCGCUGCUCCUCCGUGCUUCCGAGCCUCCUCAAUGUGAGCCUUGAGAAGAUAAUCAAGCCCAACAUAGCUUUGUUUCGUCAAUGCGGUGUUCGAGACAUUGCUAAGGUGUGUUUACAAAACCAAUGGGUGCUUACCUUCAAGCCGGAAUGCGUGAAGGAGUUCAUGCUGCGGGCAGAAGAACUUGGGGUACCUGCCGCGUCGCCGUUGUUCAGGCAAGCAGUGGCAAUCGUCGUCAGUGUUUCCAGUGAGAAGGUUGCUGCCAAGUUUGAGUUCUUUAAGAGGACUCUUGGUUGUUCUGACUCUGAGAUUUCCAUUGCAGUGUCCAAGAUGCCACGUAUAUUAGGAUUAUCUGAUGCGACUCUUCUUCGCAAGAUCGAGUUCCUGGUCAACGAGGCUGAGAUGGAGCCACACUAUAUUGUGCAAAGGCCUAUCCUGCUCGCAUUUAGCUUGGAGAAACGGCUAGUGCCCCGGCAUCAUGUCUUGAAAGUGCUGCAGGAAAAGGGAUUGCUGAAUAGCAAUAUGAACCUUUUCUCAUUAGCUCAUCUUACAGGAGAAGCUUUCAAAUUGAAGUUCAUCGGCUGUCACGAGGACUCUGUUCCUGGCCUCGCAGAUGCCUAUGCUGCAGCUUGUGCUAGUAUUGUGCCCUCUAGAGUGUGA